AUGACAUCGAGUCAGUUCAACAGUGCAGCAACAGAAGCCAUCCAGGACAUUACGAAUUACUACGACAACAUGGCCGACCGCCCUGUCCUCCCUUCAGUCGAACCGGGCUACCUCGCAAAGCUCCUGCCCCAGUCACCGCCCACCGAAGCCGAGAGCUGGGACAAGAUUCGCGCAGACAUGGAAUCGAAGAUUAUGCCCGGCAUGACACAUUGGCAGAGUCCAGACUUUAUGGCUUUCUUCCCGGCCAGCAGUUCAUAUCCUGGCAUGAUGGGAGAACUGUGGUCUGCAGCUCUGACCGUGCCUGCUUUCAACUGGCUCUGCUCGCCUGCCGUCACUGAACUCGAGACCAUCGUUAUGGACUGGGUCGCACAGAUGCUCGCACUACCCGAAUGCUUCUUGUCCAAAGGCAAAGGUGGUGGUGUCAUCCAAGGCUCUGCCUCUGAAGCCAUCGUCACCUGCAUGGUUGCAGCACGCGAGCGCUACGUGACCAGGAUCCUCGAGAAAGAAGGCAUCGUCCUCACCGAACAACAGAAGGAAGAUCGCUCUGCCGAGAUUAGGAGUAAACUCGUUGCACUGGCUACAAAACACACCCACAGUUCUACCCACAAGGGUGCAAACAUCGCCGGCACGAGAUUCCGUAGCAUCGAUACUUUGCUGUCCAACGACUUUGCCCUCCAGGGCCACGAACUCCGCUCGACCAUCGAGAAACUCAAGUCGCAAGGUCUGGAGCCAUACUUCUUGACUGUAUCGCUGGGAACAACAAACACAUGCGCCGUCGAUGACUUCCAGUCCAUCGCACAAGUCAAGAAAGACUAUCCCGACAUCUGGAUCCACGUCGAUGCCGCAUACGCCGGUGUCGCUUUGGUCUUGCCCGAAUACCAACACUACUGCAAGCACUUCUCCACCUUCGACUCCUUCGACACAAACAUGCACAAAUGGCUACUCACAAACUUCGACGCCUCAUGUCUCUUUGUCCAGAACCGUCGCCAUCUCACCGACGCACUAUCGAUCACACCCGCCUACUUACGUAACAAUUUCUCAGACCAAGGCUUGGUCACCGACUACCGCGAUUGGCAAAUCCCUCUAGGUCGUCGUUUCCGCGCUCUCAAAGUCUGGUUUGUAAUAAGAACUUGGGGAGUCGAGGGGUUGAGAAAGCAUAUCGCUCAUCAUCUCAAGCUUUCUGACUUGUUUGUCGAGUUGGUAAAGAGCAGAAGCGAUCUCUUAACCAUCAUCACACCGCCUGCUUUUGCUCUUGUGGUACUCACCCUUGCGAAUGCCAAUACGAAGAAAGUGUACGAGAUUGUGGACGAGAGCAAAAAAGUGUUUCUGACGAGUUCGUUGGUGGGGGAGGCUUAUGCUAUUCGUGUGGUCAGCGCUAAUCCGUUGGCGAGCGAGGAGGGCAUCAGAAAGGUGUUCGGAUUGCUUGUCGAGGCUGCGGAGAAGGUGCUUGAGUAG